CUUGGUGGUUGGUACCAACACACACACAACAGAGCUAAUUAAGCAGUGUUCAUGGUCAUGGCCUCCUCCUUCCUUCCAUCCCUUGAUUUGGAAACAGUUGUUUGCAUGAUUUUGCUGGUUUGGGGGUCUAGUAGUGUGAGUGUAGUAGUUGCAUUACCUUCUCUAUCAUUCCAACAAGAAGCCCAGUCUCUUCUCAACUGGAAAGCCAGCCUUUCAGAGGAUUCGCAAAGCUAUCUGCUGCUUUCGUGGAACAUUACCACACAUUCAAGCCCAUGUGAAUGGAGAGGAAUAUGUUGCAACGAGGCAGGAAGCAUUACAAACAUAUCUUUAGCAAAUUACUACUACUUGGAAGGUACGCUUGACAGAUUGAACUUCUCCUCCUUUCCAAAUCUUGUACAUCUCGACCUCAGAAGCCAAAUCCUCAAAGGGAACAUCCCAGAGAACAUCGGGGCUCUUUCAAAAUUAGUCUAUUUGGAUCUGUCAUAUAAUCAAUUUGACGGUACCCUUCCCCUUUCUCUGGCAAAUCUCACCCAAAUUUCACAAUUCCGCAUGUCUAGAAAUCUGCUAACAGGGGAAAUUGAUCCCAAGUUAUUUGGAAACUGGUCCAAACUAACACAUCUUGACCUCCCUUACAAUCAGUUCACUGGGAAUAUUCCUUGUGAAGUGGGUAUGUUGACCAAUCUAAACUACCUAGACCUCUCAAGAAAUAAUCUAAGUGGCUCAAUUCCAAACCAACUUGCAAACUUCUCUGCUUUGCAGCACCUAGACCUCUCAAGAAAUAAACUAAGUGGCUCAAUUCCAAACCAACUUGCAAACUUCUCUGCUUUGCAGCACCUAGACCUCUCAAGAAAUAAACUAAGUGGCUCAAUUCCAAACCAACUUGCAAACUUCUCUGCUUUGCAGCACCUACACCUCUCAAGAAAUAAACUAAGUGGCUCAAUUCCAAACCAACUUGCAAACUUCUCUGCUUUGCAGCACCUACACCUCUCAAGAAAUAAACUAAGUGGCUCAAUUCCAAACCAACUUGCAAACUGCUCUGCUUUGCAGUACCUAGACCUCUCAAGAAAUAACUAUUUGACUGGUGGAAUUCCAUUACAGAUUGGUUACUUAAAAGCCCUCAAAUGUCUAGAUUUCUCUCAUAAUAAACUCUCAGGCACCAUUCCAUCACAUAGUUUAUACAACUUGCUUUUCAUGGACCUAUCUUACAAUGAUUUGGAGGGUCUUGUACCGAAUGACUUGGUCGGUACAGUUUUGCAAAUUGAUCACAACAAAGGUUAAUGCG